GCCCACCGACGGGUGGCUGUAGCGGCACCGUCUCCAACACCGCCAUGUGCUGGAUGACCAGAGUCGUCCUCGUCCUCGCGGCGGCCCUUUGCGCGCCCGUGCGCGGGCACAUCUCGUCCGCGGACGUGUCGGACUCGGUGCAGCACGCGCCCGAGGUGCCCUUGCCGGCGUCGCCGUGCCCGCGGGUGUUCCAGUACGAGCCCAGCCCCUCGGGGGCCACGGGCUGGGCCGGGGUGGUCCGCCUGCAGACGCCCUCUCGGUUCUCGUCACUGAGGCUCAGCGUGCACCUCGCCUCCCCGGAGCAUGUCCCCGCCGACCCCGCCCCCGGGACGCUGACCCUGCGCGGAGGGGUGGCCCAGGCGCGCGCGCUGGUUCGCGCCGUACACCGGGGCCACCGCACGACGGUCGAGUUCGUGGCGGAUUUCUCACCCGCCGUCACCUUGGUCCCCGCCCUGCUCAACGUGACGGUCAACGGGCGCCUCUUCUGUGCCUCGCAGGAACCCGCGGGCACGAGGAGCACCAUCACUCUCGUGUCGGACCUGGACACGGGUCUUGACUCGGUGAGGGCAUCGGACGAGGACUUCAGCAUCGCGCCCGAGCGGGACGUGGUCGCGGUGGACCGACCUGGACAGGACGCCGCUCAGGACGCCGCCCCGACCCGGGCUUGGACCUUAGCCCCGGCCUCGUCCCUACCGCCGGCCACCGCGGCGCCCGAACACCUGUUCAUCCCCCAAGACGCGUUCCGGCCGGACUCGUUCGUGCUGCCCUCCGUCGACCACUCUCCGACCACCGCAACGGCACCCCCGUACUCCCCGCUACCUGCCGAGGAGGCCUCGGCAGCGGGGGUGACGUGGCCUCAGCCGGAGAGGCACGCGCCGGAGGGAUCGCCAGCCAUACACACCCUUCCCCCCGACAACCCUCCCCCUCACACCCCUACCCCUGACACCUCUGUCCCCCACACCCCAUCGCGGACAUCGCCAGAAGCUACUGACACCUACCGCUCGCCCCUGCUCCAUCGUACUCACCAAGACGAGUGCGGGCGCGCGUGGAGCGGCGCCAACCCCCUGGUGACGCGGGGCGCGGCCGCGGUGCGGGGCCGCUGGCCCUGGCUCGUCGCCCUCUUCAAGAAGCUGGGCAGGCGCGACCAGGUUGGGCUCAACUUCGAGUGUGGCGCCAGCCUCGUGUCCGAGAGGCACGUCAUCACGGGUGAGCAUACGGACGUCACGAAUGCCGCUGAUCGCCAUGUCGGAGUCGGAGCCGUGUCGGUCGGCCCGAGCCCAACAGGGGGUCCUCAUUUACGACCUCGAUAAAGCCAGCGUACCGGUUGCCCCGACCCGCUCGAUUUUGUCCGCGUUCGUUGCGGGCUGGUGCGUUCCGCGCAACUCACUCGGUUUUACGCCGAAUGACGCA